UCUUAUGCCCCGCCCACCGCUCAAGCUCCGCCUCUCGCGCGUUUCUGCGGCCCACGGAAACGGGUCCGCGCGUCUUCAGCGGCGAGUUCCACGAAAGUUUUGGUGCGCGACGUGAAGUUUCGUGACGGUCCUGUGGGAAUGUUCGUCGAAGACGAGACGUCGGUGUGCGACGUCGCGCCGGCGACGCCCUGAGAGGUCGGUGACUGCGUCGGUGGGUUGUCGCAAUGCUCACCGAGCUCGAGCAGAGGUUUUCGGGUCGCUCCAACGACCAAGUGGCAGUGAAUGUGAUGAAGACGGAGCAAGAGCUGUGCAGUGCGUGCGGGGAGCUGAUUGCGGACCGUUUUCUUCUGAAAGUGAGCGAGACCUCGUGGCAUGCCCGCUGCCUGCGCUGCUGUAUCUGUCAGGUACCACUCGAUAGGCAACCGUCUUGUUUCGUCAGGCAUGGAAGCGUCUACUGCAGGCCAGACUACGUACGGCAAUUUGGAGCGAAGUGUGCGAAAUGCAGCCGUGCUAUCGGAGCCUCGGACUGGGUUCGAAGAGCACGAGACCAGGUGUACCACCUGGCCUGCUUCGCCUGCGAUGCCUGCAAGAGACAACUCUCCACGGGUGAAGAGUUCGCCCUGCACGACGGACGAGUUCUCUGCAAAACCCACUACUUUGAACUCCUCGACGGUGGAUCGGGGUCUAAUGACGAAAACAGCGAGCAGGAGUGCGGCAUCGGAUCCAAGGCAAAAACGAAACGUGUCCGUACGACGUUCACGGAAGAGCAACUGCAAGUCCUGCAAGCAAACUUCAACCUAGACUCCAACCCCGACGGACAGGAUCUCGAACGCAUCGCACAAAUCACGGGGCUCAGCAAGCGGGUCACGCAAGUCUGGUUCCAGAACUCACGUGCCCGCCAAAAGAAGUAUUACAACAAUCAAGUCAAAAAAGGCAACCCUGUGACGACCGUACCUGCCGGGAAUGCAUGUCCCGCGUGCGGCAUGAUGUACUGCCUCUGCGCGCAUCCAAACAUAAACGUCAGUAUGGGCCAGGCUGCGUGACAAGCGGAAGUGACGUCAACAGGCUGUCUUCGCCUAUGGGUCAUCGUGGCCAAGAGUAACAGGCUUGUGCAGGGACACUAUAGGGUGGUGCGCGGAGCGUCUGUUACAGUGACUUUCUAUUUAUUUUACGUGGACUACCGUAUAUUUAGUGUAACACUAUUCACAACCGGUGCAAGAUGUGCGCGUGAAGUGUCCGCGCUAUUACAGAACGUAUGAAUCUAUGAACGAAUGCGACUUGAUGGCGCUGCCGUCGUAUAUGGCCCUUUGAGCUGUACAGAAUAAAAAUUCCAUGAAUUGA